AAGGAGCAGGGCACAGGACGCCAGCACGGGACGCACAAAAUGAAAAUAAUCCCAGACUCGAUAUCCUGCCUUGUCCUGCUGCUGUUGUCGGAGCUGAUUGGCCAGUCCCUGUCUCGUCCCGCCCACAACCCCGCCCUCUGCUCUCUGUUUAACUCCAUGAUCCCACACACCGAGAAGCUCAUCAACCUCUCUCGAAAACUGCACGAGCUGUCAGAUCAGGAGCUGAGUCGACUGGUCACUGUAGAUCACAGACUGGACUCUCUCCUGGAGAUACCGCACACAGCAGAGGCCUUCAGCAGCAUCAAGAUAAACGAGUCCCUCUCUCAGCUCUAUAACUUCUCAGAAUCGUACAGGUCACACAUGGACUGGUUAAAAACAGCCAGAGAAAAUGUGAGUCUUCCUACUCAUCCAACAGAGGACGCCACCCGACACCUGCAGCAGCUCAUGCACCUGCUCAACUCCAGCCUCAGCCAGGUUCCCCAGGCCCCUCACCCCCCACCCCCCUCCCUCCCUCUGGUCUCCUCGGCAUUUGACGCACUCAGGUUUUCGGUGGAGGUCUCAGAGAAGCUCCGAGCAUUCGGUCUGUGGACCAGGAGGUGCAUCCGGGUUAUACAGAGACACUCACGCUGCCCGAGACGCUGA